ACUCUUUCCUCCAGCAUAGUCCUAUUAUAACAUCCUACAUAUAUAUAUUUAUAUGUAUAUAUAUAUAUUAAUAUCACCCCUAACCCAAUCCCGGCCCACUCUCAGACGUCAAUCCUAAGGUUCUUCGGGUCUCUUCCGAUCAUUGAUCCCCAGCUGGUCCAUCAGACUUGAGAUUUGAAGCAAGAUAUAAUGCCUAUCUCCCGGAGCAAACCGAAUGAUGCGAUCAGCUUUCAAGGAUAUAAAACAAAAUUGCAUAAGGAAUUCGGAGCUUAUGAAAUUGAUGAAGCGGAACUGUUAACGUUAGCCCGUUACGCCGAAAAAUUGGGUUACGGAAUAAAAAACGGAGAAGAAGAUAUAGGAUCUUCUGUAUCCGAAAAAAGGGAGGAAAAUAAUAUCGGAGCUACUGCGUCGGAAAAACAAGAAGAUGUCCGAACUUUUGUAUCAGAGAAAAAGGGAGAAGAAGAUAUCGGAUCUUCUGUAUCCAAAAGAAAAGAAGAAAGCAUUGUAGCUUGGCCAAAAUCCAUUAAAGGAACGCUUGAAGUUUUAAAAGAAAGGCCACCGAACUUCAGUAUCUAUAGGGUUCCAAGAAAACUCCGAAACAUCAAUGCAGAUGCCUAUAGCCCACGACUCAUUUCAGUUGGACCUUUUCACAAUCGCCGAGAAGAUCUACUAAAAAUGGAUGAGCACAAGUGGCGUUACAUGCAAACACUUUUCAAUCGAACAACUGACAGAUCAAAGACAAUAGAUGAUUGUUGCAAAGCUAUUGAAGAUUUGAAGCUACAAGUUCCGGGAUGCUAUGCAGAAGACCUUGUCAUGACCUGGCAUGUGCUGAGGGAAAUUUUGCUGGUCGAUGGCUGCUUCAUACUCGAACUUCUUAUCAGGUACUCGCAAAACCGCGAUGAAGUAAUGGAUGAGCAAAGCUGCGAUGAAGUAAUCAAUGGUGCUUGGAUGAUGCCAACCGUAAAACAUGACUUGGCACUACUGGAGAACCAAAUUCCCUUUAUUGUUCUCGAAAAAUUGUUUGAGAUUAUAAAGCGCUCGCUCUCAGUUGCCGAAAGCUUCCCAUUUUCUCUCAUUGAAUACGCUCUACAUUUUUUCCUCCCGGGUUGCAAUCCAAAUGAGGUAAAGAAAGUCGAGAAACACAAACCCAAUCAUCUACUCGAAAUCUUGCACAUUUUUUACCGCCCAUCAUCUCUCGAACCCGUUAUCAAUUCUGAAGACGGUGAUCAUACAUGGGGAUUCAAACAUUGUGCAACAGAGCUUUUAGAGGCUGGAAUUGUGAUUGACAAUGACGCGGAAAGUGAUUUACUGGACAUAACAUUCAGUGAAGGAGUGAUUAAAUUGCCACCGUUUAGCUUCGAUGAAACGGUGGAAACAAUCUUUAGGAACCUCAUUGCUUUUGAGCAAUGCAGCGUAGGUGUUAGACAAUACAUUACAUCGUAUGUCAUGCUCACAACAAAUCUCAUAGCUUCCCCAAAUGACAUAAAGUUACUGGAGGAGAAGAAGAUAAUCAAAACAUCCCAGAGUAAUAGUGGUCAAGAAGAUGUUUCAGCUUUCUUCAAAAGAAUGGGCAGGGAAGUCGUUCUGAAAGAGUUCUGCUUUGCUAAGUUAUGCAAGGAUGUGGAUGCAUACAGUCAGUCCUGGUGGCAUUGUCACAGAAUUAAAGCAUCCUCAGGCGUCCGGUUUCGCAGGUACAUGAACGUACUAUCAAAUGAUUACUUCUCCAAUCCAUGGAGAAUCAUAUCAUUCGUGGCUGCCGUUGUGCUUCUAAUUCUCACUCUCUUGCAGACCAUAUAUACCCUUUAUUCGUUUAAAUGUCGACCUUAAUCUUGCUCUUCCGUUUUUAGUUCUCUCUCCAAUAAAAUGUAUUGAGCACUAAUAAUGCUCCAUGUGAAUUAGGGUCUUUGGUGAACUUCAUCUUGCUAUUGUCUUCUUGUAUUUAUAUUGUGUUUAUUGAAUAGAUGUAUUCAAGUGAACGCAAAAAAGCAUAUGCUUUUGUUUGCCAUUCAAUGCUGACAUAAUUGACAUUUACAGUUACGUUUUUAUGGUAUUAAUUUGUGACGAAGUGAAUAAACAGAGUCCGUCCUUGGACUAGUGCAGAAUUAAAGCAUACUUAGUGGCUGAGCGGCGCAGAUCUAUUGAUACGUUAAAAAAAUUGUGGUGUUGGCCUUGCUAAUUGAUGCGUUCAAAAAAAAAAAAAAUGGUCUGUCCAAGCGUUGAAACCUCAAGAAUUUGAGUUUAUGAAACACCUCAUCCCAUGUGUCCCACUUUGUUCCCUCUCGAAGGCCUUAUAUGAUAAUUUAAGAACCUCAAGGUUAGGCAACCUUCCAAAGGUCGACAUUUCC